CGUCAUUACCAUGCGCCCCCAUGUGGACCGAUUAGAGGGGCUGACAGACUAUUGGACGCCGGGUAGCUUGUCAAAUGAAAUCCUUGCCGUUAUUGAGUAAUUUCUCUCACGCUGGUCAUCUUUUACCACAGCGGACAAAGGUCAACGGACAAAAACACCGGCAGACAUGUCUUACUGCAGGCAGGAGGGUAAAGAUCGCAUUAUAUUUGUGACGAAGGAGGACCAUGAGACACCCAGCAACGCUGAGCUCAUUGCAGAGGACCCAGACGAUCCUUAUGAGGAACAGGGUUUGAUCCUGCCAAAUGGAGACAUCAACUGGAACUGCCCAUGCCUGGGCGGGAUGGCCAGUGGACCAUGUGGCUCUCAAUUUAAAGAGGCUUUUUCCUGUUUCCACUACAGUAAAGAGGAGGUGAAGGGCUCCGAGUGCAUCGACCACUUCCGUAACAUGCAGGAGUGCAUGCAGAGGUACCCUGAGCUGUAUCCUCAGGAGGAAGAUAACGAGAUCUCCUCCCAAGCAGAUUCUGACUCUGGUUCUGUCUCCGCCGCCCCGACUGAGGGCUCUGCCUUGCCCCCUGAAACUGACUCUAUCCCAGCCACUUCGACCCCUGAGACCACAGUCUCAUCUGACAGCACGUCACCUACAGGCAACCAGACUGCCAGCUAAGCUCAGUCAUGCCGUCCAGGCUCUGGUUCUCUGAGUGCAACACUGACCAGUAUAAGUGAAUCCAUGAGGAGCUGUCAAAGCCUGCAUAAAGGCUUUACUGACAUAGCUCUCACUCUCAUGGGCAAGGACUUUGUGAAUACAGAGAAAUGUAAUACAAAAGUAUAGGCUUAAUAUAAUUUAAUGACAACGGGCCAAGUUAUCUGCUGCAGAGACGUUAGCUGUAAGACUCACUUUACAUGCAGUAGGAAUUUGUGUGUUCUCAUGUCAAACCGGAGAGCUUUUUGUUGGCAAUCAUGUGUGUUGUAAUGUUUAUGUCAGCUGGUCAGGAAUAUCACUUAGCCCUGAACUUAUCUCUUUUAUGUUUCAUCAUUUACAUUGGACAGAAUCUUAGAAAUUUUGACAAAAAAAUAGAAAUCUUGACUCAGUUUUAGCUCUUUAACUAUUAAAUCUUUUUUCUUUCCAUCAUUUGAAAGACCAAAACACAGAUUAUUGUUUAGAAAUAAACAACACUAUUGUUAGUGCUUCUGUUCAGUGAACAAUACAUUGAUGGUAACACAUUUUUCACUGUUUGUUGACAUCUUGGAGAAACUGCAGAGAAACUGAUCUCCAUCUUUAUCUGAUGCUGUAUGAAGAAAGGUCAUCACUUUUGUUAGUUGGCUCUGUCUGAACAAAGUAUUGUCACAUUUAACUGUCGCUGCAUAAAUGUCUUGUUGUCCUAA